AUGUCAUCCAACAACAACACCAACGCUGCGGACCCGCUUACGCUGUCGGCGGGGAUGGCCAAUCCCCCCGGCGCGGGCUUCGAGCACGGGCACACGCCCACCGAAAAGACCGUCCACGACAGUGUGAUGGUCGACGCCACAGUGGUGUCGAGAGGGGGAGGGCCUGGAGGAGAAGGCCAACACUCAGCUCCAGCAGCGCCAGAGGCGCCGCCUGGACUACCAAAACCAGCGGUGCCGCACGAGCACCGCUUUUUCGUCCAUCCUUUCCUCAACAUUGUCGUCUGCAAUUGCGGGAUCGGCAAAGACUUCGGUGACCACUUCUCGUCCGCUGGGACUGACGGAGACAUGACGGCAGUCGAAGCUCGCGCGGCCAUCCUUAGCGCGUCGCAUGUUGCGGCGCCGGCUGCUCAAGCCAACACCGCCACCUCCGACAGUCGUGACGCAUACCAGUUGCGAUCCGACAACAAGCGCUUGCGCACGGAGCGCCAGGCAGCGCGAGACGAGGCGGCAAGCGCGCGUAGGCGCAUCAGCGUGCUCGAAGAACAGGUCGAAGGGUUGAGGAAGCGAUACGAGGAGGUGAAGCGCGAGGUGGAGGACCUCGAGGACGUGCGCGAUCACUUGCGCGUCGACGCCUCGCUCAUGGCAUAUGAGUGCGAGGCACGGAGAGCGGCCGAGGAGGCUUUGGCCGAUGCAGCAGCGCGGCGCGUGGUCCCACCCCCGACGGUGCGAGGACACAUCACGGGGCGCGAGUACGAUACGAUGAAGCCCGUAAUUGCGCCAUGCCUCAACGACUUCCUGAAGGCCAAGAUUCGGGAGCCGUAG